AUGGUGAUAGUUCAGGCAAACGAUGGAAAAAUACUGUAUUCAGAAUUACCACGAGAACUUCUUCCAGUACGCUAUUCACAAAAAUAUUUUGGCUUAUCAUUUGAUCAAGGUUGGAGUGUAAGUGAAACCUUAGUUGCAUUAAAAUAUAAUUUAUUGGAUAUCAAUAGUUUAUGCACAAUUGACAUUGUAAAAUAUGAUAAUAAAUUAUGGUGUGACCAUACUAAACAUUUGAGAGUCUAUAAUGAAUUGAGUAAAGAUACGCUCGGACAAAGUGUACUGGAUAAAUUGCGUAUUGUUUACAUUGCUGAACUAAAUCAGGAACAUUGA